GACACGACACUCUGCCUGCCGUCAAACGCGUCUCGUCCGCCGUGGCCACAGCAACGCAUCGCAUUCCCGAUCUUGUGCCUCUGUGCUAAUCAGAUACCAAACACACGGACACACAAACACGCACCGAUUGGCGCUAUAUAUUUAAAAAUCAGUGGCGCGAGGGUGUCAUAUAUACGAGUAUACCCACACCGAUCUUGUAUUUGCAUCUAGAGGGGAAGAGAGAGCUUCACAUCAUCACAUAUACAUAUAUUCUUUGAAUAAUAUUCUUAUUUUCUGUGACAAACCGAACGCGGAACAGUGUUUUAAAAAUAGUUCCGUUCCCAAUCGAUCUAUAAACUAAAUAAAUAAAACUAAAUAAAAACCCAGCAUCAAAAUGGUCGAGACCGUUGUCAAUGUUGAGCGCACAACAACAACUACAACAAAUGGUCCACCCGGCGGACCAUCAAGCGGCGAUGGGGGCUUCUGGAGCGCCAUACGGCUCAACAUGGACUAUUUCCGCACCCUGCCGGGCAUCGUCAAGAUUGUGGAAUUCGUUCUGGGCAUUAUUUGCAUGGCCCUGGCCGCCCCGCCACUAAACUCGGCCACCUCGUUUUUUAUGUUCGUGAUCGUCAUCUCGUUCAUCAUCACGAUCCUGCUGAUUGCCGCCUAUUUCCUGGGCAUACGCGAGGCCCUCAAUGUGGCCGUCAACUGGAUAUUCUCUGAGCUGAUCACCACCGCCGUGCUGACGCUGCUGUACUUCAUUGGUUUCAUUGUUCAGCUGGCCAGAUGGUCGGAGUCCCAGGAAAAGGGCAACGGCUCCAACACGGCCGCCGGCGUCUUUGGGCUGUUCAACUUCUUGGCUUAUGCGGCGGGCACGUACUUCCUUUUCCUGGCCCACAGAUCGGGAGCUACCCAUUAGUCUGGAAGCAGAAGCAGCAGCAGCAGCAGCAGAAGC